AGCGAACGUUAUACGAUACCUCUCCAAUAAUGUUGAGCUUAGUAAGAUGAUGCUGUGUCAGCCGUUGCGUGAGAAUGAUGACGCACAACAGCGGCGGCAGAGAUGAUCAGCACCGCUGGCUCGGAACCUGAACGCGUCUCCGCGUAUAUCGUUUGCCUGAACAUACAACAGUGACAAACCUACAUUUGCGGAGUUAUGUAGCCUAAUUGUUGCAGUAAAUAUCGAAGAAGGUGAAAUGACAGAAUUUCUGCGUUGUUUCGAAGCACACACCGCCUCGUCUUGUUCUCACUGAGAGAGGAUAUAACUGCUUCGCGUCGUUGUCGGGAACCGUCCGGGUCGGGAGGCGGAGAUGGACGGGGGGACUGCGGAAACCGGGGAUGACGGGAGGACGAGUGAGGAAGCGACCGCUGGCCUCUGUCUACAACUUGACCUGGGCGAAACCGAUUCAGCCAAGAAGGCUCAGGUAACAGAGAUGCCGUCCCCAUUCGGAGCAGGCCCAGCCCAUGAGAAAAAGAUCGGCCACAGAAGGGUAGAUGCCUCCGGAGAGACAACCUACAAGAAGACCACCUCCUCUGCCUUGCAAGGGUCUAUCCAACUGGGUAUCGGAUACACUGUUGGCAACCUCAGCUCCAAGCCUGAGAGAGAUGUGCUGAUGCAGGACUUUUACGUGGUGGAAAGCAUCUUCUUCCCCCGGGAAGGCAGUAACCUCACUCCAGCCCACCACUACCCAGACUUUAGGUUUAAAACCUACGCCCCCGUGGCCUUCCGCUACUUCCGAGAGCUGUUUGGGAUCCGACCAGAUGACUACCUGUAUUCUCUCUGUAAUGAGCCACUGAUCGAGUUGACAAAUCCAGGAGCUAGUGGCUCCAUAUUCUAUGUGACCUGCGAUGACGAGUUCAUCAUCAAAACUGUUCAGCACAAAGAGGCAGAGUUUCUACAGAAACUCCUUCCUGGAUACUACAUGAACUUGAACCAGAACCCGCGGACUUUGCUGCCAAAGUUUUUUGGCCUCUACUGCGUCCAGUGUGGGGGCAAGAACAUCAGAGUUGUCGUGAUGAACAAUAUUUUACCACGCUCCGUACGCAUGCACCUCAAGUUUGAUCUGAAGGGCUCUACCUACAAGAGGCGCGCAUCCAAGAAGGAACGAGAGAAGUCCAAACCCACUUUUAAAGACCUGGACUUUCUGAAUGACCUCCCUGAAGGCCUCACUAUGGACCACGACACAUACAGCGCUCUGGUCAAAACUCUGCAGAGAGACUGUCUGGUUCUGGAAAGUUUUAAGAUUAUGGACUACAGUUUGCUGCUCGGGGUCCACAACAAGACCCAGGCACAGCGGGAGCACCAGUCUCAGGGCUCGCCUGCAGGAGGUGGGGAUGAAAAGAGACGCGCCGCUCAGAGAGCCUUAUAUUCCACAGCCAUGGAGUCUAUACAGGGAGGCUCCACAUGCAGGGACACACUGGACCAUGAUGACACGAUGGGUGGUAUUCCAGCUGUGAGUAAUAAAGGAGAGCGCCUCCUGCUGUUUAUUGGAAUCAUUGACAUCCUGCAGUCCUACAGAAUGAUCAAGAAACUGGAGCACUCUUGGAAGUCCCUCAUCCAUGACGGGGACACCGUGUCGGUUCACAGGCCUAGUUUCUAUGCUGAGAGGUUCUACAAAUUCUGCAGCACCAUCGUCUUCAAGAAGAGCAGCUCAUUGCGAUCGUCUCCAUCUAAGAGAGGACGAGGGGCUCUCAUGUCCAAGUCCAGUGCUGGAACGGGCUCAGCUGGCCAGCGUCCCUCACUCACUGAUGAGAAGCAGGAAAACCUGGACAACUUGGAGAACCUACGAGGAGCUCGCAGCUUCCCCAUGUUUGAGGACAACGCGAGAGAGCCACCAUGCACUCCUCCUUCCUUUGAAGAUGCUACGACAGCUUCUAUCGCCACCACGCUCUCCUCGAACAACUCCUUACCCACCACCCCCUUCGAUACACCGGAGCACCCACGCUACAGGAGACAAAUGCUUUCUCCAAGUGUGGCCAGGUCCCAGAGAGAGGUAGUUGAGGUUCAUGGGGAAAAGCAGGACACCAUUACAGUGGAGGUGGAGCUCAGUAAAAUCCCACAGAGCACAGAGCUCACGGAGAUGACAGAAAGCUCCUCUCCCGGCCAUGUGUCACCUGAUCGUCAGCCCCAAGCCAUUGCUUCACCCAGCCCUGCCUGUAUUAGUCCAUCCUCGGCAUAUUCUUCCUCCACCCUUCCUCCUUCCUUUGUGACUUCCUCCCCCGCUGCCCAAUCAGCUGACCAGUCGUCUUCCUCUCCUGCUUCAUCCAUCCGCCCAUCCACCAAACCACUCACCUCCUCUGUCCCUUCUCACUCUCCCACUCUUUCUCUUCCAACCUCUUGUUCGGCUGCCCAAUCCACGCUUCUCACUUCAGCUACAAACACCUCCAGCCUCCCACCUGACUCGGCAUUUACUCCCAUCUGCCCCGCAACUUCUCACUCCUCCAGCCCUCCCUCCUCUCACAAUCUGCCCUCGACCCCUCCCUCCUCCCAGCCUCCGAGCCCCCAGGUGCCUCAGCAGGCGCCGCGUCCGUCGUGCAAUCAGCUGUCUGUGUCCAGCAGCCACAACUCGUUGGAUGGGGAGGUGCAGGUGUCUGACAUCUACUUUUAUGCAGAUGGCAGAUAUUGGGUGUACUCUCCAGUUCUUGGCCGUCGCAAGCUAAACUCUAGCUCAAGUUACAAUCAGACUCAGGAGGAUCGGGGCUGGGUGUACUCUCCUCUGCACUACGGCUCCGUGUCCAGAAGGGGCUCAGAUGGGGAGAGUGAGACAUAACUGGAAGCAGUAGCAGCAGCAGUGACGGCUGGAGCCGGAAGCUGUCUCCCUAUACAGACGCUGUGAGGUUUUAAUAACAAAGCCACCAGGACACUAUGGGAAUGAAUGCCGGCUGCCCAAGCUGCAUGUGGGGAUCUUGCUUUGCCAACAGAGACGCUUUGCACGGCAUUAGUAUUUCAACAAUGCAUUCACGCACACGCGCAUACGCGCGGACCAACAUACAACUAUCAAAAACAUUAUGAAAAAAAUAAAAAUUAUAAUAUAUCAAUUCCUGGGCAAUCUGACUGACAUCAAUCAGAGAAAUUAAUUCCAAUCCCGUGGUACAAUCAGCUGAGUGGCACCGUGAAUGGUGGCUGCUGAGGCAGGUGUUGUUGCAGCCCUGCUGCCGGCUCCGGAUGCUUUUAGUGUUCCUGCUGCACUGUGCCAGCUCUGGCUAUGCAAUACGCUCAUAUGUGUUAUUUAUUAUUCUCUUUUUGACUAACAUAGCAUAAUUACUUCACAGUUCACAGUAUUCAUGCAUUUCAUUUUUCACUAGGGGCACGUCAAGGCCAUAUCAUUUUAUUUUAGCACUUUAUCGAUGACCAUGUGGCGGAAAUGGUAAACAUUUUGUUAUUUUGUCAUCAGUUA